GUUACGCUGUAGGUCCAUGCCAUCAAACUGGCACUAGGCGCAAAACAAUUAAACUAGCCGACGACAGCAACUUUAGCAGCAUGCCUACAUUAUCGGUUAGUUCCACACUAAAAUCCUUACUUUUAAGCGUCCUACUAGCUAUUACCGGACACGUAUUGUCUCCUGUAGAGGCACGCUUCGAUACACCCGAUCCCAUCGUCCCAUGCUCUUUUGACAACAUAACAUGCUUCAACCUGACACGAUGCGAAUCGUCAUUUUCAAUGUACGCGUAUCCCCCAACGGAUGGCCAGUUACACCCCAGUUGCGACCUCAUCAACUUUGGUUGUGUCCAUAAUAACACCGCUACCGGUCGCAGCUUUUACCAGGCCUGCUUCAACUAUGCCCUUAUGGGUUCAGGCCUCCCGUUGGUAACAAACCCGGAGGAGGCUUGCUUGCUCUUCCCAACGUUUGAUGCCUCAUGUGCCGAGAACUUUUGCUCAAACAGUAACAUGGACAGCCUUCAAGCAUAGCUGAGGGGGCUACCCUACUGGAACAGCGGGAGAAACCACGUUCUCCUCAACUACAACAAUGACUGGCCCGAUCCAGGUUUCGAUGUGGGUUACAGCGCAGUGAUUCGUGCAUCGUGGAUUACAACAACCUACCGGCCAGGCUUUGAUGUCGCACUUCCCCUCAUCAAGCCUGGGAACCUGCAGCCCGCAGCGCAUGUCCUGCACGCUGGCAUGCUAGGGCUGCAUGCAAACAGCGGCAACGCGGCCAGGGAGAUCACACUCGCACAAACAGCGGAGCUGGUGGGACAGGUUACCUCGGAUCGCGACCUGCUGCUGUACUUCCGGGGAUGUAUUCCUAGCUUUCCAGCGGGGAUGUGUGAUCACCGUAGUCGGAUAUUUGGCAGAGAGUUCACGCCGCCUCUAGACCAGCCGGACGUGGUCAUCCUUGCGCAGUGUUGUGGCAAUUUCAAGGUCCGUCCCGAGCACUUGCGAGUGGCCCAUUGUGAGGGUUGCGUGGACAACCGAGGAUCGAAUGGAUCUUGCACGGCGCAAUGGCCAGAUCUUGGAUUUAGAGAGGUGAGCGUGUCGCUCCCUUGCGUCCUCCUGUUGUCGUGCGAUGCGGAGCAGCUACCAGAAUUGUACAAAGCCCUAGUCGGCUGUCGAACACAACGACACCGCAGCAUAUGUUUGCGUGGGUAUCCACUGAUGCGAGCGAUACUGCUUGUCACUCUCGUCACAGACACACUCCCAAUUUCUCGCGGCCAGUCCUAUAACUCUUCCAACAUUAUAGCACGUGCAGCUACGUGGCUCGAUCGAUGAUUUAACACGCACUCACCCAUGCUUCAUGUUAACACAUCGCUGGAAAGUGAGCUGGGCGGCAUGCUUCAGAAGCGAGGCAUGCAUGUAGAGGAGUACCAGGC